AAUAAAGAGAGGAAAUAGCAGUACCUCUGGUCACGAUAACGAGUUGCUGCUCUCAUCCUGCAUAGACGAGAAAGUGAUAAGUCGACCACGGUCCCAGCAGCUCUUCCAUCCGCAAGCAGAACGUACUGACUCAAGCUGUGGUUGCAGGCACAUCUGGAGACGGCUGUUACAGACAAACUUGCUCCUUGUAUUACCAACUGAGAGAUAACCUCAACAUGGCACGCGGCAAAGAGAUGUUGUUUUUUUUAGCGCUGCUGCUGUCCGUCGCUCUCACCUCUCUGACAACCCUGGACUCGGACCAAGAGCUGCAGGACAGCGGGUUCGGUCAACCGAGGCCUCGCCACGGCCUCAAGCUGCUGGCGUGGUACGUUCAGAACUGCGUGGACAACAACAUGGUGGCUCUGUGCGAUCCCACGCUGGGAGAAUACGGAUUCCAUGAGUUUAAGAACUUUGGGGGUCUGCUCCCAUUGAUAAGAGACAAAAGGCAACGCAGCUACUACACCGUUGGAAACCUCAACGCCGCCCAUGCGAAGACACUGCCUUAUGAAGUCAGGAGGUACUACGACCCCAAAGACCCUGAAAGUAACAAGGACAGAGUUUUGGUGAAAUACAACAAGAACAAUAAACACAUUGAGCAGAUCUACGCAUCCGCACAUUAUCAGCCACACGAGACGUUCAUAAUCGGGCCCGAUCUUAUUGACUCUCUUCGAGUAGCAAAAUCUAGAAAUGUGAUGGAAUUUCAAAACAUGUUCAAAAUGUUGCUUCUGCUUUAAAAAAAUAUAUAUCAGAAUGGGGCUGGGGGGGGAUUACUUUGCUGAGCUUAUUUUAAGGCGUGAGAGUAAAUAAUGCUUGUAGAAUAUACAGUGUACCAUGAUCGUCUAAAUAAACGUUCAAAUGUGUUGCUUGA